GUGUAGCGCGCGCUCCGGUGCAUAAGCGACGGGCAGCACGCGCCGUAUCGCUGACCUUGGUGCUGAAAUUGGUUUCCGUGCACCAGAUAAUACAAACCGGAAACUGUCUUUCCAGUCCUUUAUUUGAUCGCUCAUUGUAUUUGUUAUCUGUGUAGAUUUCCGUUGAUUAGAUUUUUUUUUCUUUUUCCACUAAACUUUUUUCCAACCCCAAUCUUCUAAAAAGCAGUCGGGUUUGACGUGAACAUCAAAUGUAUUGCCUCGCGCCGAGAUGGCAGUGAAAACGCUCACGAUGCGUAAGAAGAACGAGUUUCUCAUUCCGAACAGAGAGAGCCACUCCACUUCUGAUUUCUCCUGUCAUAUAUAGCUAGGUGUUUUUCUUUUCUUUUUUUGCUUUCUUCACUUUUCGUGUCUGAGGAUCAGACGUCGUGCUUCUGUAGCUAUCUGUGCGCCUUAAUCACAGAUCUGCUGGGUGUCUGUCCGGUAUGUCCGACCAGCUCGUCCGUGACAUGAUACUUUAACACUAACGAAAAGAAAACGAGGGAUUAUCAUAUUUGGACAUGGAUACUCCGAAGGAGCCCGGUUCUGUGCCCAGGAAAGAGGCUUUCAAGCAACUAGCAGGGAAGACGCUGGGUCAUUUGUACAAAGUGUUGGAGAAGAGACAGAAAACUGGGGAAAAUAUUGAAUUAACGGCAGAUGGCCGACCGGCGCGGAGCAGUGAGAGGAAGGCGCCCUUAUGUGACUGCACGUGCUUCGGACUCCCGCGCCGCUACAUCAUCGCUAUCAUGAGCGGCCUGGGCUUUUGCAUCUCUUUCGGGAUUCGGUGCAAUUUGGGCGUGGCCAUUGUGAGCAUGGUGAACAACAGCACCAUUCACCAGAACGGCAAAAUCAUCAUCAAAGAGAAAGCCAAGUUUAACUGGGACCCUGAGAUAGUGGGAAUGAUCCACGGCUCAUUUUUCUGGGGUUAUAUAGUGACCCAAAUCCCAGGAGGGUACAUAUCAUCGCGAUUAGCAGCGAACAGAGUGUUCGGGGCGGCCAUCGUUCUCACCUCCACCCUCAACAUGUUCAUACCGUCAGCUGCGCGCGUGCACUACGGCUGCGUAAUAUUCGUCAGGAUAUUACAGGGGCUCGUGGAGGGAGUGACAUACCCAGCAUGCCAUGGGAUUUGGAGUAAAUGGGCCCCACCUCUGGAGAGGAGUCGCUUGGCUACCACCUCCUUUUGUGGAUCCUACGCUGGUGCAGUCAUAGCCAUGCCUCUAGCUGGGAUCCUGGUGCAGUACACUGGCUGGUCCUCUGUCUUCUAUGUCUAUGGGAGUUUUGGCCUUGUGUGGUACAUGUUCUGGAUCUUGGUUUCCUAUGAGAGUCCUGCCGAGCAUCCUACAAUCACAGAUGAGGAGCGCUGUUACAUCGAGGAAAGCAUUGGAGAAAGUGCCCAGCUGCUGGGCCCUGCUGAGAAAUUCAAGACGCCCUGGAGGAAAUUCUUCACCUCAAUGCCUGUCUAUGCAAUUAUCGUGGCCAACUUCUGCAGAAGCUGGACCUUCUACCUGCUGCUCAUCAGCCAGCCAGCAUACUUUGAGGAAGUGUUUGGCUUUGAGAUCAGUAAGGUUGGCAUGCUGUCAGCCCUUCCUCACCUUGUGAUGACCAUCAUCGUGCCCAUUGGAGGGCAGAUAGCAGAUUACCUGCGCAGUAAGAACCUCAUGUCUACCACCAAUGUCCGAAAGAUCAUGAAUUGUGGAGGCUUUGGUAUGGAGGCUACUCUGUUGCUAAUAGUAGGAUACUCUAAGAGUAAAGGCAUGGCCAUCUCAUUCCUAGUGCUAGCUGUGGGCUUCAGUGGGUUUGCUAUAUCAGGCUUCAAUGUCAAUCACUUAGACAUUGCUCCACGUUAUGCCAGUAUUCUAAUGGGCAUUUCAAAUGGAGUGGGGACCCUGUCAGGCAUGGUGUGCCCUCUGAUUGUCGGUGCUAUGACCAAAAAUAAGACCAGAGAAGAGUGGCAGUAUGUGUUCCUCAUUGCCUCAAUGGUACAUUACGGUGGUGUGAUCUUCUACGGCCUCUUCGCAUCGGGUGAGAAACAGCCAUGGGCUGAUCCAGAGCAGACCAGUGAAGAGAAAUGUGGCUUCAUCGAUGAGGACGAGCUGGCUGAGGAAACUGGAGACAUCACACAAAACUACGGAGCUCUUGGUGCCCCUGCCAAGACGUACGGAGCCACCUCACAGAUGAACGGAGGAUGGCCUGAAGGAUGGGAGAAAAGAGAAGAAUAUGUACAAGAGGGAGCAGAAGAGGGAGGGUACGGCUACAGGCAGGGCAGAGAGUACUCCUAGACAAUACACACACAGCCACACAGACAAA